GUAGAUUUACAGCUUCACUGUCUUUAACGAAAAGUCACGGUGGCUGGAAAACCAAACAGCCCGAGAGGAGCUAAUGGAGGAGGAAAACUUGUGCUCCUCCAUGCCAGAUUGUGUGGAAACAGUUCCUGAACAAGAGUCUGGGACCUCGGCAGACCAGCAGAGCAUCAAUGGAGAACAGGAGGUCGUAGUGUGGGGUGAGACAGAGGUGCAGAUCAGCUUAACAGAGAAGCCAAAUGACUUCAGUUUCUCUCCAAUGGCGGACGGAAAGGUUGAAGAGGGAGAACCGUGUGAGGAAACGUGGUCACCUCACCCCAUCACCUGUAGCAGCCCUCCGAUUUCUGUUGCUACAGUGCAAUGGGACAUGCCUGACUCGUGCACAGAGACUCCUUCACUCAUGACUGACAGCAGCUUGGCCAGUGAGCUGGACUUUAGGAGUCUAAUCAGCACUUCCCCCUCUCUUCACCAGCCUCAAGCGGUUGAUAUUGAGCUUUUCGAGCAGGGAGACAAAGAGGAACAGGAUGUCACUCCAUUUCUGGACUCAGCAAUUGCAUGUUCAGGAAAUGACACUCAGCCAUGUGAUGCUGCAGAUGUGAACGAACCCAAGACUCAGGAAAAGGACGAUUCAGGAGAUGAGCAGCCAGACAACAACGAUGCCAAGACACUUUUAGAGGAAGAAGGAGAGCGCUCUUUAACGUCAGCUGCUGUUGUAACCGAGGACUUUACAGAAACUGCUGAGGACAUUCGCGGCUCAGAGGAGGCUGUGGAUGGUUGUGGAGAUGUGAAACAAGAAGCGGAACAAGAGAUCAGCGUUCUGCUGAGCGAGCAGGAAGACUCAGAGGAAGAAGAGUCUUCAGCAAAUGGCGCUGAGAGCAAGACGGAAAAUGAAGACGGCAGCGAGGUUCACGAACCACAAAGUGUGACCCAAAGUUUUAGCGAGGAAGAGCAGACUUCAGUGAACGACGCUGAGAUCGAAGAGAAGAGUGUGAUUAACGUUUACAGCGAGGAAGAAAGUGAGGAGGCGGAAACUGUCGACUUUCUCAGAUAUGGGGAAGUACCUGAAGAAGCAAAAAGUGACAACGCUGGACUGAACACUUCUACAGAUAAAGUAACAGAUCUGCAGGAGCCGGAGCUUUUAGAAGAUAUACACUCGGGGGUGAAGAAGAAUGUUGAGAUACUGGAACAGUUACAUGAAGACCUCAAAGUUCAGCCUGAAGAGUUAGAAAUGUGUGAAGACGUGGAUCAGAACGUGGACUCUGACCAGUCAGAGGCUGUGAACAAUGACGAAGAAGCUCCAGUACAGGAGGCAGAAAAUGCAACAAACGUAGAAAACUUGCCAGAAACAGAAGAGGUGACUGAAAAUCUUGGGGAGAUGAAUUGUUUAGAGCAUCUGGAGUGGGAUCCAACAGCUUCUCAGGACAACCUGCAGCCUGAAAGCGUCGAGCCUGAGCAACAGGAGGUGGCUGAGCAGUCGGCAGAGGACUCUGACCCAUUACAGUCACCAGGAUCACCAGAGAUGGACCAGUCAACCUGUAAAUCUGAAAAUCCAGAGCAACCAGGGGACCCUAAUCAACCAGAGCAGACAGUUGGUGCUGAAGCUGAACUCGAACAGGAAGAACAGACACCUCAGCCGACGCUGUCUGAGGAGACAGAGUCGGAGAUCUCCGAGCAGCCGUCUCCUAAGACCGAGGCCACCCAGCAGACAGGGGAGGCUGAUUUAAACCAUGCGGACAAACAGGAGACGUCGGAUCAGGAUGUAGAGAUCGGGGUGGCUGACGAUGGAAAUGUUCAGAAACUUGUAGCAAAUGGACACAAAGCCUCAGACGCAGCGGCGCCUUACAUGAACGGUGGUGAGGCGGACAGAGAGAAGGCCCGGAGGCUCGCUGAGCGGCUCUUUAACCUGGACAACGUAGACCGAGCAGAUGUGGUGAAGCACUUGGAUAAAGACAAUGACUUCAGUCGUGCUGUUGGAGAGGAGUACCUUAAGUUUUUUGACUUCACUCAACAAACUCUGGAUCAAGCCCUCAGGUCUUUUCUAAAAGUUGUGGUUCUGAUUGGAGAGUCUCAAGAGAGAGAGCGUGUUCUGCAGCAUUUCUCCAACCGCUUCCAUCAGUGCAACCCUGACUCCUACUCCUCUUCAGGUGCCGUGUUGGCUCUAACAUGCGCCGUGAUGCUUCUCAACACGGACUUGCACGGACAGCUUGUAGGAAAAGCAAUGUCAUCCGCAAAGUUUGUGUCCAACCUGGAUGGGAUGAAUGAAGGGGAACACUUCAACAAGGACCUGUUAAAAAGUCUUUACAACUCCAUAAAGAGUGAACCUCUGGAGUGGGCUGUUGACGAAGAGGAGCUGAAGAACUUGGUGGAUGAGAAUACAGGUGACAACGUGUCUCUGCGUUCAAAAGCAAACCCCUUCCAGGAUGUUCCUCAUGACAAAAAGGCCACGGUGGUCAAAGAGGGAAUCCUCCAGAGGAAGCUUCAUGCUGACAUCAAUGGCAAACGCACUCCUUGGGGGAAGAGAGGCUGGAAGAUGUUUUCUGGAGUGCUGAAGGGAAUGGUGCUUUACUUACAGAAGGUUGAUUAUCACAGGGACCAGACGACUAGUGAGGAGGUGGUGAGCGUGCAUCACUCUCUGGCUGAGCAGGCCUCUGAUUACACCAAGAAGCCUCACGUGUUUCGCUUGCAGACGGCCGAUUGGCGGGUUUUCCUCUUUCAGGCCUCGUCCAAAAUGGAGAUGUAUUCCUGGAUCAACCGUAUCAACUUUGUUUCAGCUCUUCACUCAUCGCCUCCGUUUGCCGCCGCGGUCGGCUCUCAGAGGAGGUUUUGCAGGCCGAUCCUCCCCUGCUCACAGUCUGCUUUCAGCCUGGAAUGCCAGCUGCAGUUUCACCAAGGAAUGCUGGAAUCCUUCACAACUGACCUGUCGGACCAGCAGCAGAACGUUUUGGAUGCCAAGAAGGCCAAAGCCAAGGAUCUGGAGGAGCAUCGGGUCAGAACUGAGUACCUACAGCAUGAGAUGUGUCGCUAUGGGAUCUACAUCCAGAUGCUGGAAACAUGGAAGAGCGUGAAGAAGCUGGACAACGGUACAUUGAGCAGCGUGAACCUGACUCUGUUCGACAAGGCUAUAUGUGCUGACUCUGCCUGGGUGGAGGAAGAGAAGGAAGGUGGGCUGAAGAAGUCUCACUCCAGCCCCUCUCUGGAACUGGAAGCAGCUGCUUCGGUAGUAAAAGUCAAGCGCAACAUAUCUGAGCGACGGACUUAUCGUAGGAAGAUCGUUCCUCGAUGGAAUACAGAAGUCUAUGAUUAGAAGAGCAGUUCGUGGACGCUGACGGCGUAUAUUUAUACAGUACUUCUAGAAUUUUUAGUUAGUGGAAGGAGGAAAAAAAACUGAAAAUAUAGAGUGAAACCCUUCAAAGAAAAUUUUUAUAAAUCGUCAUUUUGUGCACUUUUACAAAAACAAACCAGAUUUUCUCAGGCGGGCGGU